CUGCGCGUGCGCCGCACUCGCUCCCAGCGCGCCCCGACCGCCGCGCGUGUCGCUCGCUGCCGCGCUACUCCACACGUGCCAAACAAUCCUCUACCACCCAACGACCCAACUUCCCCGAUAAUGGAACGAUAACUAAUCAUUUGUGUACGAAUGCGGAACACCCUUACGCGAGUGCAGUGUGAUCUGUGAUGGCCGAAAACCACGCACUCAUAGCCGAAUCCGCCGCAAUGUAUCCGCAAACAGAACUGAAGGAAUCUAAGGACUUGUCGCAGAAUUUAGUGAGUGGUGACUUCGAGAUGCAGUACAGGAACCGAGUGUUGGAGCAGAGCGGCCGGCGGCGGCAGGCCUGCUUCAUCACGUCGGCGGCGACGGUAGCGGUGCUCUUCGUGUGGCUGCUGGUGCUCACGGUGCUCCGCGAGGUGCAGAUAGCUCGCCUCCGCCAAGAGGUGGAGCAGUUAUCCGCCCACAUCGUCGCAGUGGAGGCAUCCCUCAACGGCCUGGACCAGAAAGUGUCCAACAACAGACUCUUCAACGACUUCAAAACGCUGGAGGAUGCGAUAUACGCCGAUGACGACCAAGAACCAGUGAAGAGUGCCGAAGACGCGUCGGAGUACGCCUCCCUGGACAAGCUGCACAAGCUCACCAUCCUGGAGGACGAGAAUAUGCCCGACGACGACAUGUCCGACGACGAGGACCUUUACGACGAGAGUGGGGACUACUACCAGGAUUACGACAGGAGGAACAACAAAAAGAUUGGCACAACAAACAUGGUGAUGCUACAUCCUGAGGACUUCACGGACUCCGUGAUGAAGUUCGACCAGGGCGACAAGGUCGCCUUGUCCAAGAUCAGGGAGCUCCAGAAGGUGCUCAAUGAAAACCCGGAGAACCCAGACAUAGGGCCAGUCCUAGCCGCCACUUCAGCGGCAGCAGCGUCCCCUAGCGGUGAUCGCGACAAGCGCAGCGUGUUCCCUGACACCGCCGUUGACAUGGUGGAUGAGUUCGCAGCGCCCAGGAUUCCUGCCAAAAUUGAGGACAGACGUAAGAGUAAGAAGUUCGCGUCGAAUGUAGAGACCUCGCCCUCCAAAGUGCCUCUACACGCCAUCACGAGGACCGCCAGGAAUAGUGAGGAUGGUCGCCCGAAGCCGCUCAUCGCAGCCCACUUCCACGGAAACACGUCACACCUCAGCCCGGAAAUCCAUGAGCAUUACAAAGGCAAUGGCUUAGUCCGCGUGGCGCACGAUCAGCCCCACAACGUGUGGUACCCGUCCAGCUGGACCCAGACCGCGCCGCACCCGCGUCCCACGCUCACCAGGAGCGGCCACGUGCACGUGCACCAUACUGGCGUGUACCUGGUCUAUGUGCAGAUCUACUACCUGGACAGCCACGACAUUAUCUCCUGGGUGCUGCACCGCACCAACGCAGAGACUGAAGGUCGUGAGACGCUCCUCCAGUGCGCCCAAUCCUCCCACUCAGUCGAGAGGCUGGACAAGCCCAACUCCUGCUUCUCAGCCGCCGCCCUCUUCCUCCGAGCUGGAGACAGGCUCGCUGUGAGGAACACAGGAGGCGACAGGCACUCUCUCAUGGAGCCCGAGAAGAGCUUCAUAGGUCUCGUCAAACUAGGAGACGCCGUUGACCCAUUCGAGGAAUUUUAGUCGUAAAAUUUAAUUGUAUAGUCCGGACGCCGAGCACGUAGAAUUUCGUCCAAAGACCCCAAGCUACCCAUCCCUAUCGUUCGCGCGUAAUUAUAUUGCUGU